ACGUUUUAUUGUUGCACAGUUGCGAACUCUCCGGGCAGUUUCCGGCUUGGUACUAGUCGUGUGUUCUCUUCUGUAGAAAAAGUUAGCUUGGCAGCUGGUGUGAAAUCUGCUAGGGCUAACAACAUUGGUUGUUGGACAUUAGUUUUUCAUUAGUAGUUUGAACUUGACAGUUCAUGUGUUGCUGAGGCAGUUUUGAUUUCUUCAAAGCAGUUGCUGCUUGUGGAGUUGCCAGGCUGACAAUUUAGUUCCAGAGGUUUCCACUUCAGCCGUCAGACAUGGGGAUUUUGGAAAAAAUAUCCGAGAUCGAGAAGGAGAUUGCUCGAACUCAGAAGAAUAAAGCAACUGAAUAUCAUCUGGGUUUGCUAAAAGCCAAACUUGCGAAAUACCGAGCACAGCUUCUGGAACCAUCCAAAUCUGCUGGAGCUAAAGGUGAAGGCUUCGAUGUAAUGAAAUCUGGAGAUGCCAGGGUGGCACUGAUUGGUUUUCCAUCUGUCGGUAAGUCCACCUUUUUGAGCCUGAUGACUUCUACUGCCAGUGAAGCUGCUUCAUAUGAGUUCACAACUUUGACAUGUAUUCCUGGUGUCAUAGUGUAUAACGGUGCCAACAUUCAGCUUCUGGACUUGCCUGGAAUCAUCGAAGGAGCAGCACAAGGUAAGGGUCGUGGUCGUCAGGUCAUCGCUGUGGCUCGAACAGCAGAUGUUGUGAUCAUGAUGUUAGAUGCCACUAAGGGUGAUGUACAGAGGGAUCUUCUGGAGAAGGAAUUGGAGUCUGUGGGAAUUCGGCUGAACAAGCGAAAACCAAACAUUUACUUUAAGCCUAAAAAGGGAGGUGGCAUAUCUUUCAAUUCCACUGUGCCGCUGACACAGUGCUCAGAAAAACUGGUGCAGCUAAUUCUUCAUGAAUACAAAAUAUUUAAUGCAGAAGUUCUGUUUCGAGAUGACUGUAGUACAGAUGAGUUUAUCGAUGUAAUUGUGGGAAAUAGGGUGUACAUGCCCUGUCUAUAUGUUUAUAAUAAAGUUGAUCAGAUUUCCAUGGAGGAGGUGGAUCGGUUAGCCAGACGGUCUCAUAGUGUUGUGAUUAGUUGUGGAAUGAAGCUGAACCUUGACUAUCUAUUGGAGAUGCUCUGGGAAUAUUUAUCUUUGAUCUGUAUCUUCACCAAGAAAAGAGGAGAGAGGCCUGAUUUUGGAGAUCCUAUUAUCAUGCGCAGAGGAGCGUCAGUAGAACAUGUGUGUCACAGAAUUCAUAGAACUCUUGCCAGCCAGUUUAAAUACUCUUUAGUGUGGGGAACUAGCACAAAAUAUAGUCCACAGAGAGUUGGAUUAACUCAUAUAAUGGAACAUGAAGACGUCAUCCAGGUUGUAAAGAAAUAAACAUUUUAGGCAUUUUCUUUGAAUGCUGCACCCAUUUGUGUCCCCACUGCAAAAAUUGAAGAAAAAAGACACUUUGAGAUCUGCAGUAUUUUGCCUAUGAAGCCAGUAGCGAUGGAAGACAAGACUGGAACACUCCCACUUGCAGCAUGAUGUGAUAAUCGCAUCAUUACCAGCCGUGAAUGUAUUUUUGUAACAUUAUGGAAAGCCAAAAUGUGCCUGUUAAAGCUGCAGAUCAAAGGAUUUUAUGCAUUUGUAUGUAUUGAUCAGGGGGGAGGGGUAUGUUGGGCAUACUUCCUGAACAGAUGUUCACGUAUAUAUUAGUAAUCAGUGACUUUGCCAACUGAAACAUUUGUUACUUUCAUCUUCAGACUUUUGUUAACCUGUUUCCUUCACAUACCAGUAAUUAAAUGUUCUCAUUAUUCAAAAGACACUAAUACAUUGAGUAGAUAACGUAUUCAAGUCUGAAUUUGCAAUGCUCCGUCAUAUUUUCAUUUUCUGGCACAGCUGCUUUGAAGACAUUGCCAUAUAUUUCAUGACAGUGUAGUUUGUUGCCAGCGUUUUGCAUGCAGUACAAUUGUUGCAGUUAUAAGUAACAUUAUUUGAUAUAGGAACAUUGUAAAUUGUCAGUAAAUGUUGCUUCAGAGCAUUGUAACAUAGCAGAAUGUUCAGCACAGUACAGACAAGUGCAUUUAUAGUAUUGGCAACAAACAUAUACACAUCAGAUUCAGUUGUUUUCUUCUAUAAUGCAGUAGAAAAGAGCCUGAAGCAUACAAUUCCAGACAUUUUUUUCUGUUGUGAUUGCAAAAAUUCCAGCAUAGCUGUUUUGUUUGGAUGGUUCCUAAGCUGUGUGAUGUACAUUACCUUUUUUUCAGUGUGGCUUUCCAGAGCUUCACCUUUAAUGCUGAUGAAACUGAAGGAACGGCUUGAUCUUUCUUACUUGUAGAUAAUGUCCUUAAACUUCUAAAUAUCUAAGAAUUUAAAACAUAGAAUUCCAGAAUAAGAAGCCCUAGUCUUCAGGUGGGAGGAGCAGUCCCAGGUCUUCUUUUGUUUACAGAGGAGUGUUAUUAAAAACAGCACUUUGGUAAGAGCUUAACAUUUCCUUAUCUGUCUAUAAGUUACUGUGGUGGAUGCUAAAUUUAAGUGUUUGCAGUACUGGUCUGACCUGUAACUUAUAAUUUAAGUGAUCAGUUUCUCUGAAGAUGCUGCAGAAUUGUUGUAUAUUUAUCAUUAUGAAGUAAAAGUUUACAUUAUAUUAUUUUUGAAUUUAUUAGAAAAAGGUAAAUUAAAACAGUAGAAACAUCAGCCUUUACUGUGUUAACUGUGCUGGUCAUGUGGCCUAUGAGACUUGAAUGUCAUCAUUCGGAAAACAGGUUAUCUCAUUAAAUGAGAACCUAGUUAAAAAGUAAGUGUGACAUGAAAGUGCACUUUUGGAGUUCCCACUUCCCUUUAUCUUCCAUGUUGUCACAUUGGCUCUAAACGUCACUUUUAUUGCCUUUCUGAUACCGAUUCUGUUUUAAAUACUGUGAAGAGCUCUAGAGGCCUGACACAGCCCCAGAAGGAGGAGAGCUGUUCCUUGUAAAGCAUUCCUAAAAAGAUGCCAAGUUGUAGCAGACCAUCUUAACUUGACAAGGCACGAAAAAGUACCUUUUGAUAAGAUGGUAAGCAAAGUCCCAUCUCCCUGAGUUGCGGUAACACGAAUGUAAAAAAAUCCCAAAGCACUUAACAAAGAAGGGGAACUCCCUAGCACCUUUUGACAAAUUUCCCUAGUUAUUGUGAAUGCCACCAUGAUUUUCCUCUGAAAAGAGGCAGCUGGUGCAGUGGGACUAUACCCCAGUCAACAGAGUAAGCAAAUAAAAACAAUGCCAUAAUUCUGUCUAAUUCCAAGGGCUGUAGUGAUUUGCACUCUAACAAAAUUUGUAACCAGGAGGGUUAUAUAAAGGCUCAGCUCUAUGACAAGAGUAUUAAAGUGAGUUUUGUUUAGAAACAGAGUGGGUUGAUGGAUUGUUGAUUAAACUAUCAAAGUAGAGAUUAUGACAAAGCAGACAGGUUCCUGGCCUUCCUUUAUAAACCUGUUAUGAUACUAGUAGUGUCCCUGCUAACAUGCAUGUAAUUUGCUUUUAUGUCAGACUUAUGACUGAUAACUGCUUUGAAGUUGCUCAUUAUCACAACAAUUUGUAAAAUUGAAAUACUGGUAAUGUGUCUACAAAGUUGACUGCCAUCUCUAGUGGUAUCGGUUCCUGAAUAAUUUUUAUUGAUGUUCAGGUUUCAGUUGCGGGAAAUUAGAUGGUGUAUCUUCAAGUGAUCUUAUUUGAUGUAUCCUGUGAAGAUUGUGAAUAUAUGCUGGUAAAUUCUGUAGCAUUCAUAUCACAUACUAAUAUGGCUGAAGUAGUUUUCAGUAGUCCUUUGACCAUGACUGUAAAAGUAGACAUAUCACCGAGGUGCAGUGGUUCUGAAGUAUUCAUUCCUGCUCAAGUUGAGCAAAAUGAGUUAGCCUUUGUUCCCAAAUAACUUGGGUUGCAGCAAGUCCCUGGGGUCCAAUUCUAGUUUCAGUUCCUAUAAUUUCAUUUGAAAUUUCAUACAGUACUUGAUUGAUGUUUACCCUUUUUUUCUCCUCUACUUUACUGCUGUAUUUUCUUGUCGUACACUGCCCUUACUGAUAACAGACUUCAUGCUCCUAUUUUCAGUGUACUUGUGGCACUUUCUGUGAGGACAAGCUUAGCUACCCCUGAAGUGGCCAAUGACCUGUCCAAGUCUGUUUUUUGAUACUCUGUAGGUGCCGAUUGCUGACUGGGUUUUUGAGAAGUAUUUUCAUUCCCAGUGUAAAGAUACUUUUUCUGAAGCACAUUUUGCAUCUUCACUACUGUGGUUUUAACAUCUAGCCAAAUGUAUUGUAGCCCUGAUUAAUUGUCUUCUGUGGUAUCUGUUUUAAUUUUAGAAAAGCAGAAACACAUUGCAUCUGGUAGCUAGACUUUGGGAUUUGUGAAUUUCUUAAAAUAUUCAGUAAGGUUGUAGGUUCACAGGUUACACACACAGGUUACUUGCCUGGGCCUUUUUAAGCCUAACCAAUUACCCCAUGUGAGAAUCAAACCCUGAACUUUUGUUUGUAAGGUAAACACCUUAACCACUGUGCCAGCACAUUGUAGCAUUUUUUUGGGGGGUUUGGUACUUGAGAGCAGGAUUCAAACUUUGUAGCAUGUUUUGUGCAGUGUACAUUUAAUGAGAUCUAGUUUGUAACUGUACAGAGCAUUUUAAGAGUAGACAUGGUUCAACUUUGGCAUCCAGCAUACUUGGCUAAGUUCAGUCUGGAAGGCCUACUACUACUAUGUGGCACUGUGCCAACUUCUGUAGCAUUGAGAGAAGUUGUGUUUGUGUCAUGAAAACUACAUGAAUAAGCCUUGUGUAUCCAUCUACAUUUUAACCUAGAAAAACAUUUUAUGUAAUUGCUUUCAUGAUGGCAAAGGAAUUUUACAUUUUUAAGCAGUGAGGCAAUGUCAGUACUCAGAAACCCUGCAUCUAGAUCAUAGCCUGAAAAUAAGGAAGGCACAAAAAUGUAAAUAUGCCUGUGUGUGUGUGUGUGUGUGUGGGGGGGGGGGGGGUAGGAAAAGGGAUAAUGAAAAUAUGUAUGGCGGUAUCUUAUUUGAAAUCACAUACUGGGUUAUGAUGCAAUGAAAGGACAGAACAGGUUUAGUUUCAGGAUGCUGUGAUGUUGCCGAUUAAUAACAACUGGAGCAUAUAGUCUGUCUAACUGAUUUCUGACUUGGCAACAUUUUCAUUUGCAAUGAAUUUUACUGGUCACACUCCAAAGAAGGCUUUUUUUCCCCUGUGCAGUGUUUAGGUCAUGACCUUAUAGGUUCAUAGAUUAGUACUAAGCUAACUGCCCUUGUGAGCCGUUUUAAGCCUAGCCAAUUAUCCCUUGUGAGACUCAAACCCUGCACCUUGUGUUUGUAAAGCAAACACCUUAACCAUUCGGCCACCCUCCCAACCAACUUUUGGGGGCAAACUGAAAACAAUACAUGGGAGAUAAAUAUUCCCAAGUUCCCUAAUUAGCUUUAAAACUGUUAGCAGUAUAGCAGGAAGUGUGGCACUACAAAACUUAUGGUUCCUUUUAUUCCCAAAAAUUUAUUUUCAGUAGUGUGCAAGUAUGUUUGAUUUUUGACUAGCAGCAUCAUUUGAAGCAUACAUUAGGACUUGGACAGUGUGGUUCUUUCUUUUCAGAAGUUGCUUUUGUGUGUUCUGUAAUCAUAUACAGUAAACUCUCAGUUAACUGUCACCCAUGGGGGUUGGUAGAUGCUGGAUGACUGUAGUUGCUGGUUGCUUGAUAGUUACUACAAAAUUUCUAUAAAAAAUAGCCUUGACUAAUACUGUACCGUAUACUAUUUGUUUGGUUUGACUUGUUCUCAGGUUGGGGAAAGAGGGAAUUUAUUCAUAUCUUCCUUUUUAAAA